UCUGCAGCGCGGCACAUCUGGUUCCGGUUUCUCUCCUGGGGGAAGUGAAAGUGGAGGGGAAGAGGCAGUUAGCUGGAGUUAGCCGGCCGUGCUGGGGGGGCCCCCUGCCCCUCCUGCUCCGCCAGGGCCCCCCAAGCCUGAGCUCCCCGCUCCCCUCCUGCUCGGGUCACGCGGCGGCCAGCGCUGCUGCCGUCACGUCCUCGGUCCCUCCAGGAGCUGCUGCCUCAGCCUCCUGUCUUUCGGCGCACCCUCUGCCCCAGCCCGAACUUUGCGUGGACUUUAGAUAGGCAAUGGCUCCCGUGCCGGGUUGCCGGCUGCAGGAUUCGGAGGAGGGCAGGCCCAGGAGCGCAGGUGCCUUGGCUGGGGAUGCCACCAGAGUCCCGCCUAAAUGGCCUGUGUCCCCACCAGCACUCCCGCUCCCCAUCCUCCACUGCUGGCUGGGGCCCGGUUCCCGUUCUCUGGCAGUGGAUGGCGGAGGAGGGGGCCCCUUCCCUAGAGUUAAAUCAGGAGGCUGACGCCGGCUCCUGGCCUCACUGCUCGCAUAGAGCUAAAUUUAGCCGGUGCUGAGGUUCGGUGUCCAGAGAGCAGGUUACCCAAGAGGCCCAGCUGCAGAUUUCUUGCUCCUUGUUUCCUGGCGGGAGAAUGACUGGGCCCUCCUGAAUCUCCCCCUGCCUUGGGCCUGAGGUUGCCGCUGGGUGGAUGCUGUGCUGGCACCUGCAGUGGGACCCUCACGUUGCCCUCACAUACCCGCCCCCCCCACAGGCUGACUUCCGCUGAGCCCCAGCUUCCCCUAUGCUGUUUGAGGAAGUAAACUCCCUUCCCCUCUAUAGCACUCUCCAGGCCUCGCCUGCUGCAAACCACCCUCAGGGCUCUUCCCCAGCCGGCCGCACCCUGGGGCGUCCCAAGACCCUGGGGUCUCCUUCUCCCUGGGGUUGGGCAAUGGAGGCAGAUGCAGUGAGUGAGGGGGGGGCCAUGGCAGAGGAGCGGCCCCCCCGGCUGGUGGAUUACUUCGUGGUUGCUGGGCUUGCUGGCAACGGAGCCCCCAUGCCCGAGGAUGCACGGGUCCCUGACCCCAGCGGUCCGCUGCGCCCCGGCCGGCCUGCAGAGCCCAUCACAGAUGUGGCCGUCGUUGCCAGAGCCCUGGGCGAGGAGGUGCCCCAGGGCUACACAUGCAUCCAGGCUUCGGCUGGGGGCCAUCCCUUGGAACUCAGUGCUGGGCUGCUGGGAGGAACACAACCUGUCAUCUGCUACCGCAGGGGCCGUGACAAGCCCCCCCUUGUGGAGCUGGGGGUUUUAUAUGAGGGCAAGGAACGUCCCAAGCCCGGCUUCCAAGUGCUGGACACAACACCCUAUAGUCACUCUGCUAACCUGGCCCCUCCAGGCCCUGGGCACCCCCGCACCUACCUCACAUACCGGCGGGCAGCAGAGGGGGCAGGACUGCAUGCCCUGGGCAUCACUGACCUCUGCCUGGUGCUGCCCAGCAAGGGCGAGGGCACUCCCCAUACUUACUGCCGGUUGCCACGCAACCUCAACCCUGGCAUGUGGGGCCCAGCUGUGUACCUGUGCUACAAGGUGGGCUUGGCUAAGGGCAACACGCUGGUGUAUGAGGCAGAACUGCUGGGCCGCUAUCCGGAGGAGGACAACGAGGCAUUCCCGCUGCCCGAGUCUGUGCCCGUCUUCUGCCUCCCCAUGGGGGCCACUAUCGAGUGCUGGCCCGCCCAGACCAAGUAUCCCGUGCCUGUCUUCUCCACUUUUGUGCUGACGGGUGCCGCUGGUGAUAAGGUGUAUGGUGCCGCCCUGCAGUUCUACGAGGCGUUCCCCAGGGCCCGGCUGUCGGAGCGGCAGGCACGGGCACUGGGCCUGCUGAGUGCCGUGGAGCGGGGCCGGGCACUAGGCGGCCGAGCAGUGCGCAGCCGGCGAGCCAUCGCUGUGCUGUCCCGCUGGCCUGCCUUCCCUGCCUUCCGGGCCUUCCUCACCUUCCUUUACCGCUACUCUGUCUCGGGCCCUCACCGACUACCCUUGGAAGCGCACAUCUCCCACUUCAUUCACAACGUCCCCUUCCCUUCCCCACAGAGACCCCGCAUCCUAGUGCAGAUGUCUCCCUACGACAACCUGCUCCUCUGUCAGCCUGUGUCUUCGCCCCUGCCCCUCAGCGGUGCCAGCUUCCUGCAGCUGCUGCAGAGCCUGGGCCCCGAGCUGGCUGUCACGCUGCUGCUGGCCGUGCUCACGGAGCACAAACUGCUGGUGCACUCGCUGCGGCCAGACCUGCUCACCAGCGUCUGUGAGGCUCUCGUCUCGAUGAUCUUCCCACUGCAUUGGCAGUGCCCCUACAUUCCGCUGUGCCCACUGGUGCUGGCGGACGUCCUGAGCGCCCCCGUGCCCUUCAUCGUGGGCAUCCACUCCAGCUAUUUUGACCUGCACGAUCCCCCUGCUGAUGUCAUCUGUGUUGACCUGGACACCAACACACUCUUCCAGACGGAGGAGAAGAAGCCCCUGACCCCCCGGACCCUGCCUCGCAAACCCUACAAGGUGCUGCUGGCCACACUGACUAACCUGUACCAGCAGCUGGACCAGACAUACACUGGCCCCGAGCAGGAGGCCUCCUUGGAGUUCCUGCUGACGGACUACGAGGCGGUGUGCGGCCGCCGGGCCCGCUUGGAACGGGAGGUCCAGGGCGCCUUCCUCCGCUUCAUGGCUUGUCUGCUCAAGGGUUACCGCGACUUCCUGCGGCCACUCACCCACACCUCCGAGGGCGCCCGCGACGUGGACAACCUUUUCUAUCUUCAGGGCUUCCUCAAGUCCCGGGAGCGCUCCAGCCACAAGCUGUACUCCCAGCUGCUACACACGCAAAUGUUCUCCCAGUUCAUUGAGGAGUGCUCUUUUGGCUCUGCUCGGCAUGCUGCCCUGGAAUUCUUCGACUCUUGUGUGGACAAGGUGCAUGUGGAGCAGGAGAGGCCCGAGCCCACUCCACUGGUGGAGCUAGAAGAGCUAUCAGGAAGCGAGCUUACUGUCUUCAUCACGCCUCCCGAGGAGCCCCCGGUCACAGACAGCACUGAGCCCACCCCCCAGUUCUGCUACGAUGGCUUCCCAGAAUUACGGGCUGAGCUGUUUGAAUCUCCCCAGGAACAACCUGGUGCAUUGCCCAUGCCUGGCCCAUCCCGUAGUGCCCCCAGCAGCCCUGCCCCUCGUCGUACCAAACAGGAGAUGAAGGUGGCACAGCGGAUGGCACAGAAGCUAGCAGCGGUGCCUGAGCUGUGGGCCCGCUGCCUGCUGGGGCACUGCUACGGGCUGUGGUUCCUGUGUCUGCCUGCCUACGUGCGGUCGGCACCCAACCGUGUGCGGGCGCUGCAUACAGCCUACCAUGUGCUACGGGACAUGGAGAGCCGCAAAGCGGUGCUCCCGGAUGAGGUGUGUUACCGGGUGCUGAUGCAGCUCUGCUCACACUACGGGCAGCCUGUGCUGUCUGUGCGGGUCAUGCUGGAGAUGCGCCGCAUGGGCAUUGUGCCCAACACCAUCACCUAUGGCUACUACAACAAGGUAUUGAGCCCGGGGCCAGGGUGGGCCAGCGUGGGGUGGGGGUGGGCGUACUGCUCCUUGUAGGUGAAGCCAGGCCCAUGAAGUAACCACUCACCACCGGCAUGCAUCUGCGUGCUCCGUGGCGUCGCUAUGCCAUUCCUUCCCAUUUGCUGGCUUCGUGUCUCACUCCCGACAGUCUCUGACUAGGGACAGCCGCAUGCCAGGUGGUGCGCAGGCGUGAUGCCAGAUACCUGGAAGUCAGGUUAUCCUCAUGGCCGCCCCUGAGGUGGA